UAUAUACCCCUCUUUGGAUUCUGGGUUUGGUAUGGUGUGUUUCAAUUUCCGCUUCACUUGCUUCUCAAGGUUUCUAAGUCCAUACCUCUUGCAUUGUGUAAGCCUCCUUCUUCACAGAAAAUUUACAAUCCUCCUCCUCCUCUUCCUCCUCUUCCUCAGAUAGUUCUUCUGCUCAAUCUCAACAUUUACUUCAAUGGAAAGGUAUCAGCUCAGACGCCAGGUUGCCGUUGUGAAGCAGUCUCUCUUUGAUCAGGGAUAUCUUGAUGAACAAUUUGUUCAAUUGGAGGAAUUACAGGAUACCGAUAACCCUAAUUUUGUGGAGGAAGUUGUCACAUUGUUUUUUAGGGAUUCGGCCCGAAUGAUUGUUAACAUAGAGCAGGCAAUGGAACGUAGUCCCCUUGAUUUCAAUAGGCUGGAUAACUACAUGCACCAGUUCAAGGGUAGUAGCUCAAGCAUUGGAGCUAAAAAGGUUAAGGAGGAAAGCACACAGUUCAGGGAAUACUGCAGGACAGGAAAUGCAGAUGGAUGCAUGAGGUCAUUCCAACAAGUGAAGAAAGAACAUGCAACUUUGAAAAAGAAGCUUGAAUCUUACUUUCAGCUUGCAAGACAAGCUGGACCUGCAGAGACAGCAGGUCUCCCAGUUAGGAACUGAUGAGCAAGGAUGAUCAAUAUUUGAAGCUUAUCAUGUCAAUGUGGACUGAAACUUGUACCAGACCAACCAAUAUGAAAGGGGCUUCAUAGAUUUCCAGAGUUUAAGAUGACCCAUAGUAUGAUGAGUUGGAAGUGUUACUUAAUGUUUGACUUCAUAUUUCCUUUGAUCUUAAUAAUAAUGCUUCAUAUCUAAA